GACGCCGCGUCGUGGCCGUUUCCCAUUGACCAAGCCUGCGACCGACGCUUCAUGAACCACACACCGCAGCCACGUCUUCCUCUGCUCGCUCGAGACCCUGCCACCGUCUUGCAGCCCAACUGCUCAACCUGAUGCACCGCACCGCACCAUACUGCGCCGCACACAUAUCAUAUGCCUGCGCUAUACUGGAACAUUCUUAAGAGCGCGCAACUCACGGCCCCCAUGGACGAGGGACCUUGUCUGAAAACGUGUUGAAAUAAGCAAAGAAAGCACAUCUCUUGCGCCGAACCCACGCUCGAGUCCUACCACGCCCUUUUUGCGCGCAAACCCCCUCGACCACCAGACUUGCGAUCCAGCACCACGCAAUAAGACACCUGCGCCCGCGCGCCCUUUGUCCUGAGCGCCCCGUGGCCCGCGCUCGGUGCCCUUUGACGCCCUCCCCCACCACCACACCUCGCCCACAACGAUGGCGACAGAAGUCAUUGUGCGCGAGUCGCGCCGGCGGUACAUCUGGCCCGAAGUGCAGCUGAACCUGUGGAUAUUUAUCGUGCUGGCCGGGUCAUCGACGGUCUUGGGCAUCAAUGCGUGGUUCAUCGCCGUGCAGGACCAACUCAGGGUCGGGGUUCCUUGGUAUGCUUCUGAUCGCUAGGAAAGACACACAUACACGGGCGAGUUGCUGACAUGUGACACCCUUUUGUCUGCCAACAACAGGUUAUUCCCCUUCGCCGUCAUCUGCGGCUCCCUCACCAUCAUCUUCCUCAUCGUCAUCCUCAUCCUCGCCGCACGCCGGUUACUCAUCCCGGGCAUCAUCCUCCUGGGAAGCUUCGUGCUGUUCGUGUUAUGGGUGACCACCCUGAUAGAGACGGCCAUCCAACUCUACGGCGACGGCAACGUCAACAGCAACUGCAGCAACUUUGUCCAGAACCAAGAAUACCACGGCGUCUCGAUAGAGACGCUGGCGUGGCUCACGCAGAGCAACAUCUGCGCCUGUUGGAAGGCCAGCUUCGCCUGGAGCAUCAUCCUGGCCGUGUUGUUCCUGUGGAUGAUGAUCCUGAGUUGGCAGGUACAGAACUACGACUGAGGAUCAGAGAAACGAAGGCGGGGGCCAACGGGGACACCGACCAUGUCUUUUCUUUUGUUCUUUUUGAAACCCCUCUUAUUCUAAUGUGCAUGUGAUGUGAUGUUAUGCGACGUUGGUUCUUGGGCAUUUGGGAACCGGGAUGUUUUGAUGCGAUAUACGGGAGAUUUCUGGCAUGUUUUUGAGGGUGACGAUAUAAAACGUACAUGGCGCAUGCCACCGCCAGGGGAUUCUUGCGAUGUUCCUGGGUCUGGAAUACAUAUUCCACCACUAGACGGAAAAGCACACAAAGAAGCACGCGUCGUUGAUUUUUUCUAUUUGUUGUGACUACUGCGAUGGCGAUGGCGAUGGCGGUGGCGUUUUCUAACCAGCGAGCAUACGCAGGGGUUUGGGCUUUUGGAUACCAGAUUCGAUUUGUCCCCCGAGACAGGGUGGGAUGUCCGACCAGAAUGAGGGCUCGAGGGGUCGAUGCUCCUCACGGCUUCCCGUCGCUCUCGAAUUGCCCUGCGGCUGGAAUCGUGCUGGGCGGUGUAUAACCCGAUCGAUCAAAUACAAAAGAAAAUACAAAAGUAUACAAAG